GCCCCGACGGCAGCAGCGCGGACGGGCCGGGACAGCGCGGCCGCCUCACCGGAGCCCGGCCUUUCUUCCGCCUUUUGCCUUUUUAUUUAAAUUUUUUUUAACAUUUUUUUUGCCUUUUUUUCUCCUUUUUUUUUUUUUUUCCCCACCCUCGCAGGGUUGGAAGCGGGACCCGCGCCCCCCCUGACCCUGCUAUGCCCACCGAACUCUCCCGGGCCGUGGGAAUGCACGCCAUCUCCGACCUCCACUCCUCCCUCGGCCCGCGGCUCCGCAGCAAGGGGCCCGAGUACCUCCGGCGGCAGCUGGAGGCCCGCAGCCCCGGGCGGAGGAGCGCGGUGGAGAGGCUGGCGGCCGACAAGGCCAAGUACGUGAAAAGCCAGCAGGUGAUCGGCAGCCGGCAGGAGCCCGCCAUCCUGCUGAGCUCGGCCUCGGAGAGCAGCGGGGAGACCUGCUCGGUGGAGAGCAGGCGGAGCAGCCGGGACCCGGGCGGAGGGAAGCCCCCGGAGCUGGCCGUGUACGCCUGCCGGGCCCCCCUGCAGCACGGCCCCCCCAUAGCCCGGCGCGGCACCCCCAGGAGGCAGAUGCGGCCGGACUCCCUGGUGAUUUACCGCCAGAAAUGCGAGUUUGGGAGAGGUCAGAGCCAGGACAGCUCACGGGGGAGCUUGGUGAGGAGGAUCUUCCAAGGGUCUGUGAAGGAGAAGCAGCUGGUGGCUGCCCCUGCGAUGCCCAGAGUCAUGGAGGACACCGCAGCCACCGACGGCAAGGAGCCGCUCUCAGCAAAACACUGUGACCCUGAGCCCAGCAGCCGUCGAGUGGAGCAACAUGUCCCUGUGAGCGGCGAAGCCCCGGGGGUAUGUGCAAAAGAGCAUGAGAGACCCUCCAAACUGAGCACACCUCCUGAGGAGGUCAAGGAGGUGAAGAGGAGAGGUCUCCAUCGCUCCCAGUCGGACAUCAGCUCUCGCUACUCCAAGUCCUUCUCCGAGUUCGAUACGUUUUUCAAGUACUGUGGCCUGGAGCAGGAGGUCAUUGAGGAUCUCGGGAGAGAGAACUUCUCCGUGGUGUCCGACAACGUCUCCUUCAAGGUCCGCAGCAUCAGUGUGGCGACGUCCGAGAGCGACUUCGCGCGGCACAGCGGGGACGAGGGGCUGCUGGAGGAUGAACUCACAGAGCAGGUCCCCAGCAGCACCUCCGUGAUCGAGCGCAACGCUCGGAUAAUCAAAUGGCUGUACACCUGUAAGAAAGCCAAGGAGACCAACAAGAUGAUCCAGGAACUGGCAUGAUGGCUUCUUUCAGCCUGCGUUGCAGCCGGGUGAACCCCAGAAUCCUUGACUUGGAAGUUGAACAAAACCAGACACAGGAAGAAACUCUUCCCUCACCUGGCUCAUGACUAUUUUAUCCAAGUUUAGUAUUUUAUCAUUGCCUCCUACCCUCGCCCCUGUCCCCUGGCAGCCUCACUGUGGUCACAAGCGCAGGGGUGUCCAAGAGCGUGCUGACAAGCGGAGAUUGUGAACUGUGCUCCAAACUACAACACCCAGCGAGGCAGCGGGCAAAAAAAGCUCCUGGAAAAGCAAAGCGUGACAGCAGCUGCCAUCCAUGAUAACAUUCAGCAUCAGCUCAUGCCCCAGGACGCCAUUCCAGGCUGUGACAGCAGGUCUGUGUUGUGCACCCACCUCUUCCCAGCGAGAAAGUGGGAAUGAAAUGGCAAUGAUCUCUGGGUCAGGCAUUUCCGUGCAGACAGACAGGCUCCACCCGGACGUUCAAAGGCUCUGUCUUACCAGGGCUGUUUGACCAGGGCUCAUCUUGACAUCAUUAGAUGCUAUUUGCUUGGCUGGUGAGAGGACUAACUGUGGCAGCUUUAUCUGGGAUACUUGGCAAACAUGUUGGAAGCUAAAUCCCUGCCAAGCCUCUCUUUCUCUGAGAGCAUUCAAGCCAAAUUGGAGUACCUUGUAUCCGUCUAGUUUGCUCUGUCACACAGCUUGCUUAGCUGGUAGGGAGGAAUAGCCUUUAAAAUGCUGCCCAAAAUAUGUUCAGGAGCAUGGUUCUAAGAAACAAGCAGUCAAAAAUGGGGGAAGGUUUGGCAUUGCUACUGCCUCGCUGCGGAACGGUACCAUUCACAAUUCACAUGUGCAUAGGCUCCUCCUCUUGGUUUGCAAUAUGUCUCCAACUCUGACAUUCCAAAUGUUGCAGGGUUUGGCAGCUUGGGGUUUAACACCUUUAAUUUUAUGCAGUGUGAGCAAGCAGUGGGCUGACAGAUUCACGUUAGGCAAGGGUGCGAGGCCACCCUUCCCCAGUGUGGGUCUGGAAUAGGGGCUGUGCUUGGGAUGUGCGGAACAGCAUCCCUGCACUGCAAGGGAAGACAGCUUGUUAGGGCACAGCCACGCCAGGAAAACGUCCUGAUGGGAUGGGACGCCCAGUAUCUUACUCAAUAUCAUCAUUAAAAUGCUUUAUUUGGACUAGCCAAGCUAAACCUGUUUUAAAAGCUGAUAAAAAGUACUUUAGAUGAUGAGUGUAGUGAAUGGGGCCUCUCCAACAACUCAUGGAAUUUGCUGGCUGUGCCUCUAACACUUGUCCCAAUCUGUCAUUGCUUGCUAGAAAAUGUCCUGCACCAAAGCAUUUACUUGUGGACAUUGCAAACCACAAAAAAAAUAUGCAAGAAACCCCCCCAUCAAAGCCAAAGCCAGUUCCCCCAUCAGUGGCACCAAUGCCCAUCUGCGAGAGCUGCCCCACUGGCGUGACGGUGACUCGGGUCGAGGGUCCUGCAGAAGUGAAGAGUUAACUUCGUGUUACCAUGGAUGUGGUGUCGGGCUUACCUGGCCCACGGCGUGAAGAGUCCAGAAACACCCACCUCACGUUCUCCACGUUCCUCUUGACCGCACCGUGGCAGCGAGCCCCCCCUGCUUCUCCCGGCCGGGUGCUGGCAGAGCUCAAGCGAGCACUUGAGCAGCAAGGAUUCAGUAAAACAUCGGUGGUAGGAGGAACGGUUUCCUGUUUUAACCUCUACAAGUGUUGUAUGCAGAAAGAGCUGCCCUUGAAGCGCUCAUGAAGAGGUUUAGUUGACAUCAGUUAAAUUCACCGCAAGAUGCUCCGGGUGGCAUUUCCAUACGUUUUAAACAUGCUUGUCAGUUCCUGGAAGGUUAGUUCUCAAUUGCAGCAGCAGUUUGAGAAUGCAAGGCAUUUGUCUUCGUUUUCUAGUGUUAUGUGCUAAGGUCUACAUGUCUGAAGUUGUUGAGACAGAUCGAUAACAAUUCCAGGUAAAAUAAUUGUUGAACACGCUUUACACUUAGGAGAAAACUAAAUAGUUUGCAUGAGUGAGCUUCUGCUGGCUCAGAGGGAAGCUAGUACAUAGGAUUGUUUUCAUAAAAUAAUGAAAUUUCCAUGUGUAUUUGUUACAUUAUUAUUAAGGGAUGAUUUUCAGAAAACUCCAGCUCAAGAUGCUGCUAAUAGGAUAAGAUUUAGGCACUUAAGGUGCAGGUUUUUAAGUCUAGGUUUAUUAGUCAGGAACACAACCUGUCAUAUCUGUUCUUUUCAUGCUCACUUUGCAAGGUGCUGUACCACAUAAAUAUUUAUAUGCAUUUGUCAGAGCUAAGGGCUGCUUUUCUUUGCAAAUAUGGAUGACUGUAGACAGCUUGGAGUGCAGGAAAAAUCUUUUGCAUUCCGGUCCAUGCCUCACCACAGGAGAAUUAUUUUGUUGUGUGUCCAAGGAAAUUUUUGGUUUCAUUUUCAAACUUCUGUUUAUUUUCGCUUUUUUAGUUGAGCAACUCUUGAAAGUUAAGAUGAAAGAUGCUUUGGUCAUGAGUUUUCAAUGUUAGGAAGAAAUACAUUUAAUUUGUUUGCAAGUGCUGAACAUUAGCCUUUCUCAAAAUCGAUAUGGCAGAGUUUAGUGAAAUCAGAACUGGCCACAUUCUGAGUAUUUUUUUAAUCCCCCUUUUUUAUCUUUAUGAACAGUUUAAUAGAGUUGUGGUGACUUUCUACAUGGAUAUGUGGCAAUGUAUCCCUGGCUUUGUUCAAACUCUGAUAGGAACCCCAACCUCUUCGAGGUGUCGUUUACUUCAGAGACAAUGUGGACCUGUCUAAGAUCUUCUUCCUCUGAUAAGCCAUAGAUUCCCUUUAUUUCAUAAUACAUCCUGUGUAAGCUAAUAACCUACCCUUCCCAGUAUGCAGGAAUGACAGAAGAUGACAAUCCUCCUUUUUCCAUACAUCUUGGGAAUGGGUCAUUUGGUGCUUUUUCUGAAGACUGGGAGCUUGGGCUUCACUCAGCUCCUGCUACUGUUACAUGCAAAGGCUCGUCCUUCCUUCUGCUGGGUCUUUCUCUCAUAACCCUCAAGAUGAGAAAAACUUGCCAAUGGUAGUUACUGCCUGUCUUUUUCAAAGAAAAACCUGAAGUUUUUUUUUUACUGUUUCAUUUUAAAAUGAAAUCUCAUUAUAAAAUGAAAUAGUAUGCUUUGGAAGAGGUGGGGUUUUUCAGCUUUAGUGAUAAAUUGAGGGACCACUGCGGUACGAACAGAAGUUUUAGCAACAGAGUUGGGUUUCCAGUCUUUUGGGAAACCUAAAACUGGGGCUGAGGGCAAAGGCAAGUCGUAAAUUGAACGAUUUUGUUUGACCAGAACUGUGUAAACUAAAAUAGUCAAAUGGGGUGCAAGCGUGCAGUGCUAACUGCUGUUUACACCCAAGUGUUCCCAGGUGCUCCAACGCUGCGACAAGGGGCAAUGUCCGCAGCUGGAGUCUAACAGGUGAAAGGUACAAAGUCUGGGUUUUAUGGCCUUCAAGCAAGUAUUUGCAAUAAAGGCAUCAGAUAGGGACUGUAACCCUUGCAAUAUAUUGUAAAUACUACUGUACAGACAUCUAUAAGUAAGAAAUACAGAUUGCUCUAUAAUACAUAUAUUACUUUUCUAAGGGAUAUAGGCCUUCGUGUUUUGUGAAAUUGGCCAAACGUUAAAUCGAUUGGGAUUAGCAGAAACUUUCUCCUGGGGGCAGGUUAUCCUGUCGUUACCUCCUGUGAAGUUUCUUCUAUCUGCUUUUGAAUCCUUUGAAGUGGAGCACUGGUCAGAUUAGGUAUGGAUGUUUCUAAGUCACUAUGUUUAUAUUCCUGUGAAAAAACUUGUAUACUGUUGAAUGCAUACAAAUAAAAAUACCACUCUGAAAGUUGUUGA